GUUUAAAGGGUAAACAACUUUAGUUUUUACAAAUCCUUCCAGAAAAAUGGCAGGUUAUUUGGCAGAAAAGUAUGAUUAUGUGAUGAACGACCUGAGUGAUCCUCGGGUCAAAAAUUGGAUCGGUUUUUCGAGCCCUGCCAUGGUACUCAGCAUCAUUGCCUUAUAUCUGUCCAGUAUUUACAUAUUUUUACCGGCCUACAUGAAAAAUCGCAAACCAUACGAGCUCAAAAAUGUUAUUUAUUAUUACAACAUUUUCCAAAUAGUAUCUUGCCUAAUCCUAAUUUACGGAGUUGCGACAUCUGGAUGGACUACCAAUUACUCUUGGGGCUGCCAACCCGUCGACUACUCCAACAACCCUCAAGCAGUAAAUAUGCUCCAUUGGUGCUAUUUCACAUUCAUCCUCAAAGGAAUUGAAAUGAUUGAAACAGUGUUAUUUAUCUUACGAAAGAAAUUCAAUCAAGUGUCUAAACUACACGUGUAUCACCACGCUUCCACUUUCUUCCUAACUUGGAUAGGUACCAAAUUCGUCGGAGGUGGCAUGAGCACUUUUCCGAUAAUGAUCAACUCGAUAAUACAUGUUUUCAUGUACACUUAUUACCUUUUGGCUAGUUUUGGACCGAAAUGGCAAAAAAAGAUGGCCAAAUGGAAACCCAGAUUGACGAUUUUUCAAAUGGUUCAGUUCUGCGUUAUUAUAGCCCAUUCUUUGCAAAGUCUGCAUCCCGAAUGUAAAGUGCCCAAACAACUAUUGCUGAUUUAUGUUCCUAAUGUUCUAUUAGUGUUUUACAUGUUCUGGCAAUUUUAUCAGACAAACUACAUGACCAAGCAAAAGAAAAAAUAAAACACAGUGAUUCUGUUAAUUAAUAAAUAAAAACGAUAAUGUAAAACUUGUAAGUUUGAAUGACUUCUUAUACUACUUAGGUUAUUUAUUUCUUCUAAAUAAUUUCUAAUUUUUGCAACUAAUAAAAGUAGUGAUUAUAAUAAAGGUACAUCGGGAGAUACAUAGAGAUUAUUACAUAUUAAAUAUUAAUAUUUUGCUUUAAUUGAAGAAAAUUGCAACAAAAAUGUGCAGCUUGAAAGCUUUAUUUUAUUCAAAACAUGGGUACAGGGUGGGUCAAUUACCCAAAUUUCAAAGACAUGGUACAGUACAUGGUUACUGUUUGUUAUGCCACGAGGAUAUUAUUUUUGAACACUAUUAUAUAGCGGGUGUCAGGCCUCAAACUCGAACAUAGAGAAAUAAUGUUGAAUGCGAUUUUUAAGUAUUUUGCCAAUUUUUUUGAUAAUAAAAUAAGUAAUCAAGAAU